AUGCCUCAAACCGCGCCCGACGUGCUUCCAGCUACCCUCGGCCUGGUCGGGGUCGGUACCAUAGGCUCCUCCGUGAUUCGUGGGCUCUUGACUCCCGGCCCCGGCUUGCCGGAGCCGACGCCCAGGGUGGUUCUGUCACCCCGAGGAGCUGCGAAGGCAGCAGAGCUUGCCGGCGACUUCCCAAGCCACGUGGUGAUCGCAAAGAGCAACCAGGAGGUCGUCGACUCGGUCGAAUGCGUCAUCGUGGCUGUGCUUUUCAAGCAAGUUAACGAGGUCAUGAAGGGCCUCGUUUUCCGAGAAGGGCAGAAGGUCGUGACACUGGUGGCUGGACUCCUGCCAAAGAAGCUGCAGGAGCUGUCUUCCCCAGCUUCGGAUUGUGUCAGCGCGAUCCCACUGCCUGCAGUGGCCAGGCGCUCUGGAUCCACACUGCUAACCCCGCCAAGGCCCUGGGCACAGGCCCUGUUUGGGACCUGUGGGAAGUGUGUUCCCGUGGAGAGCGAAGCGGAGUUCAAAAGGCUUCUCUGUGUCACGACUCUGAUGGGAGACUUCUACAAGAGGCAGCUAACUGCACAGCAAUGGCUCUCUUCGAACGGUGUGGCAGAGGAGGACGCCGCGGCGUGGGUUGGGGCAACGUUUGCCACCUUUGCCGCGGACAGCCGCGAGGCAGAGGCCUGGGACGUUUGA